UCCCCUCACCGUGCACAAGGCAAGUGCGGAGCUACUAUGUGGACUGGAGGAUGCUGCGGGAUGUCAAGAGAAGGAAACUGGCGUACGAGUACGCGGAUGAGAGGCUGCGGAUCAACGCCAUCCGGAAAAACACCAUCCUUCCCAAGGAGCUGCAGGAAGUGGCCGAUAAAGAGAUUGCUGCCUUGCCCCGGGACAGCUGCCCUGCGAGGAUCCACAAUAGGUGUGUCCUGACAUCCCGCCCUCGGGGGGUGAAGCGGCGUUGGAGGCUCAGCAGAAUUGUUUUCCGCCAUUUUGCUGACCAUGCUCAGAUGUCUGGGAUACAGAGAGCUAUGUGGUAGAUCACUGCAUGGAUAUACAUUCAGGCAGAAAACACAAAACAGGCUCAGUUUGUGUGUUGGAGUAAUUAAAGCAAGACUCUCCUGUCCAGGAGUUGAGCAUCAAUAUCAAACUAAUAAGGGAAGGAUGAGAAACCAUGCUGAUUCAUUAAACUCGCGUACUGGAUUGCACUUGGUAGCAGCUGACAAGAAGCAGCGCAACAGCGCUAAGCUGGUCUGUACGAGAGGCAGUUUUAUUUUGAGGAAAAAAAGUUACAACCUGAUUGUUGCAGAGCUAAGCGGAGGUUUGUGAUACGGGCAACAUUAGAAAUAAAGACAUACAGCACAAGGCUC